AUGGAUAACGAGGAAUUAGAAAUGGAAGUUGUAGAGCCUGAGGAUGCUGAGAGCGAUAUUGAUGAUAAUGACGAUGCGGAGGAUGACGAUAUGAAUACGAAUAAAGAGGUUUAUCUUCCUGGUAAGCCUUUGAAGGAGGACGAAGAAUUAGUUUGCGACGAGUCGGCCUAUAUUAUGUUGCAUCAGGCUUCAACUGGAGCUCCAUGCUUGAGCUUUGACGUAAUUGCGGAUGAACUCGGUACAGACCGUCAAGAUUAUCCUUUAACUGCUUAUAUGGUGGCGGGAACACAGGCUGCCCGCACCCAUGUAAAUAACUUGAUAGUGAUGAAAAUGCAUAAUUUGCAUAAGACGCAGGGUGGUGAUGGAAAUGAAGACGAUGACGAUGAUGUAGAGUUGGAAGACGACCAGGAUGAUGUAGAGGAUGCCAGCGAAUUAAAAAAACCUCAAAUGAGCUGUGCUUUGAUCAAGCAUCAGGGCUGUGUGAACCGUGUACGAUCAAAACGCUUAGGAAACUCUGUUUUUGCGGCCUCAUGGAGUGAGCUCGGCCAUGUUAACAUUUGGAAUUUAUCAAAGCAACUUCAAGCUGUUGAAGAUAGCUCCUUGUUAAAAAUCUAUGAGAGAGAGGUAGGAAGUACUCCAGUUAAACCUGUUUUCACAUUCACUGGACACCAACAAGAAGGUUUCGGAAUAGAUUGGAGUCCAUGUGCCGAAGGUGUAUUAGCUACAGGCGACUGUAAGAGAGACAUCCAUAUAUGGUCCCUUGUUGAUGAAUCGACAUGGAAAGUAGAUCAACGGCCACUAGUCGGUCAUACAGCAUCGGUGGAAGAUUUGCAGUGGAGUCCAAAUGAGCGAAGCGUAUUAGCAUCUUGUUCGGUAGACAAGUCUAUACGUAUUUGGGAUGUUAGAGCAGCGCCGCAAAAAGCAUGUAUGCUAACGUGUGACAACGCUCAUCAAAGUGAUAUUAAUGUUAUAUCAUGGAACCGCACUGAACCCUUUAUUGCAAGUGGGGGUGAUGAUGGUUUUCUUCAUAUAUGGGAUUUGAGGCAGUUUCAAAGUAAGCAGCCUAUAGCCACGUUUAAACACCAUACAGAUCAUAUUACAACCGUCGAAUGGAAUCCCAAGGACACAACAGUACUAGCGUCUGGAGGGGACGACGAUCAAAUAGCUUUAUGGGACUUGGCAGUUGAGAAAGAUACUGAUCAGGGAUCCACAGAUGCUGAUGACGACUUGAAUAAAUUGCCGCCCCAGCUCUUAUUUAUACACCAAGGUCAGAAGGAGAUCAAAGAACUGCAUUGGCAUCCCCAAAUACCCGGCGUAAUUUUAUCUACAGCACAUAGUGGCUUCAAUAUAUUCCGUACAAUAAGUGUCUGAAAU